CUUCCCUUCUCUCUACUAGAGCGUGGCAUCGAAGAGAGAAGAAAAGAAUAGGAAGGAAUAGACCCUCCGUUUCGAAAAUUUCAGGUGGUUUGAUAGCAUUAUAUAUUCUUGUUUCUGACCAAAGUUGCAGAGUGCUGUUUGCAGCCAUGGCCUCCUCUGAUAAACCAGAGAGGAAGGAAGGGAAAGGUGAUGAGGAGAAGGGAGGGUUCUUAGAUAAGGUCAAGGACUUCAUCCAUGAUGUCGGCGAGAAGAUCGAAGAGACUGUGGGGUUCGGCAAGCCCACAGCCGAUGUCACAGCAGUCCACAUUGAUUCCAUUGACCUGGAAAGGGCCGACCUUGUCGUCGACGUCCUCGUCGCAAACCCGAACCCAAUUCCAAUUCCUCUUGUUGACAUCAACUACCUGAUAGAGAGCGGUGGUAGGAAGCUCGUUUCUGGUAAAAUCCCAGAUGCCGGUACCAUCCAUGCCCAUGGAUCUGAAACCAUAAAGGUCUCACUCACUUUGAUCUAUGAUGAUAUCAAGUCCAGCUAUGAUGACAUAGAACCAGGCAGUGUGAUUCCCUACAAGGUGAGGGUGGAGCUUACUGUGGAUUUGCCGGUGUUCGGGAACAUCACCCUUCCAAUGGAGAAGAAUGGGGAGAUGCCCGUGCCUUACAAGCCGGAAAUAGACCUGCAAAAGAUCAAGUUUGAUAGCUUCUCGUUUGAGGAAACAAGUGCAACCCUUUUCCUGAAGGUGGAAAACAUGAAUGAUUUCGACCUGGGCUUGAACUCAUUGGAAUAUGAGAUGUGCCUUGGGGAAGUAAGCAUUGGUGGUGCUCGCCUCUCCAAGUCUGCAGUCAUUGCGAAGAAGGGCAAUGGGGUUGUCGAGCUGCCCAUCUCCUUCAGGCCCAAGGAAUUCGGGUCUGCGCUGUGGGAUAUGAUAAGAGGCAAGGGGACAGGGUACUCCAUGAAGGGGAGCCUUGAUGUGAACACUCCAUUCGGUCCAAUGAAGCUGCCAUUCCAUCGGGAAGGUGGAAGCACGAAACUUAAGAAAGCAGACGACGAUGAUAGCGGCAAUGAGGACUGAUGGAAUCCAUCUACUAAAAGUGCUGCAGAAUUCAACUUCAAUCAUUCUAAAAUUUUCCCUGCUAUGUAGUUCUUUGGGAAUGCAACAUCCCUAGAUCUUUACUGGAUCAGUUUUGUAAUUGGCAUUAAUAAAUGUUCUGAAGACUGUAAUCUAAAUUGAAUCAUAAUUUAUUGUCAGCCACAUGGUUGAAGAAAUCACAUAUAUCA